AUGUCUUACGUGUCUUAUAAGAACGAUUUCCCCAAAUACGUUCCGAUCGCGCCUUCAGAAGACCUAGACGCAAUGGAAGAUCGAGUUCCAAGGAAAUAUAACUAUAAAAAUAACCCGUACACCGGUCCCCAAGCGGUUUCUAUCGCUAGAAGAAACGCUCGCGAACGCAAUAGAGUGAAACAAGUGAACGACGGAUUCAACGCUUUGAGAAAGAGAUUGCCCGCUGCUGUCAUCAACGCCCUAGCUGGUGGCGCUCGGCGUGGAACCGGCAAGAAGCUUAGCAAAGUUGACACUUUACGUAUGGUAGUGGAAUACAUCAGGUACCUAGAAACCCUAAUUGAAGAUAGCGAUGCUUCGCUCGGGAUUGCGAAUACGCCGAUGGACGCCGCCAUCUCGAGUGAUGUUGAUGAAGGUUUCGCUGGAAGAACCUCGCCCUAUUCAGACUCCAUCCCUUCACCAGUGAAUUCGGAGUGUUCAUCAGGUGUUUCGUCGGCGUAUUCAAUUAAUAAUGAAUACUACGCUCCACCAAUGACAUAUCAAAAUGAAUAUGUUAUGAAUGACAGUGGGGUGAUCGAUGAAAUAUGGUGGCAAGCGAAGUGA